UUACUGACGUCACACUGGCGGUUUUUUUGCACUGCUAGAGACGGAUAUGUAUGAUAUGCACACAGUAAACGAAGUCUUAGGACCAGCAGCAAGCAUUAAUAAACGUUUUCCAGUUUUUCAGUGUAUGAGUUGACCCAACGUGACCUCAUGAUGAAUGGGGCUCGCUUCCUGGAGAUUCUGGCUCACCUGGGUUACCCAGAAGCCUCUUCCCUGAAUCCCUCAGAUUUCGACAACAUCUUUGAUGGAACACCAGAGAACAAGGACUUCAUGCAAUUCCUCAGCAGUCUGAGUUCUCAGAAUGUCCUGUCAGAAGAAGAAUACCAGGCGUACCAUGCUUUACAGGCAUCUGGUAAACCCAUCCUGUCAGAGCAAAUCCUGGAGGAGAUGGAGCUCCUGAAGGGUCCUGCAGGGUCCGUGGAGGAAGACGAGGAGAACGAUGAGGAAGAUGAGCUGAAGGGGAAGAGCUUGGAGCAGCUGCAGAUGGAGCUGGAGGAGCUGCGCAGACACCAGCGCUUGAGGCAGAAGCGCCUGCAUCAGCUGCAGGGCCUGAGGCUCGCGCGGGACGACCACACCUCGGCCGUAACGAGCUACGCGCAGAGCCAGUCCCAGAGCGAGGGCGACGAGGGAGGGGACACAGUCAAGGCUAUCGCCAGGGAGAACAUGGCCACCAACGCGGCGCUCCAGGACCUGAGGGAGGAGGUGGAGAGGCUGCAGAGACUCACACUGACGAACGAGGACGAAGCAGAGCGGCAGGAGCAGGAGCAGAUCAUGCUGGAUCCGAAUGCGAUGCUUUCAGCUGCUUUACUCUCCCAGCUCCCGCUGGAGCCAUACCUUCACAAAUUCAAUCUCACCCAUCAACGCAUUAUGGAUCACUACAAGGCAAGAUCUACGCUGCUGGAAGAAAAGCAAGGGGUGGAGAAGAAGAUGGAGGAUGAGGAUGAGGAGGACGAGGCAGAGGCGCAGCACCUCCACACCAGGAACGAGAUGGCCAAGCUGCAGGCGGCACACAUGCUGCUGCAGGGACAGCUGCUCCAGGCGCGAGCAGAGGAGGCCGGAGCCAGCACUGCCAAGGAGUGGCUCAGUCAGCAGAGGCAUUCAAACGUAAAGCUGUCGGCCCCAGACUCCGACGGCGGCCCUGCCGUGGCCAAGGAGCGCGUGUGCUCGGCGCUGUGGCGGCGCACCCAGCAGCUGUGUGCCGGCGUGCUGCGGGGCCACACGGCCGAGCAGGGGGAGCUGGCGGCACAGCACGCCCGCCUGCAGGAGCGUCUGCUGGGGGAGCUGCUGCGGCAGAAGGCCCAGCUGGACCUCCUCCAGAGCGCGCUGCAGCAGGAGCAGCGCGGCCACACGCGGGCGGCCGCCCACACGCGGAGCCUGGCGCUGGGACUGGGGGAGGAGGCCGCGCGGGCGGCCGAGCGGUCCAGAGGGCUGGAGCGGCUGCAGGAGGAGGCUCCGCAGGCUGACCCCAUCCUCAGCUCCACUGACCCCACAGUAAAGAGGUUGCUACAGGUGUACGAGGCUCUUGAGAAGACAGACAGUUGGUUGGCUGGCGCGGCCGACAUCGCCACUGUGGCCUCCGAGCGCCAGGUCGAGCUCCAGCAGCUGGCCGAGGCCCAGCGUGAGGGGGUGUCCGAGCGGCUGCAGCUGGUGUCGGGCCUGGAGAGGGACGGCCGGCGUCUGGAGCAGUGGCUGGACCCUCCGCAGGGCGCAGCAGCGUCCGCCUCUCCGGUCGCCGCCUCCUCCUCCUCCCAGCUCUGCCCUAGUGCACAGGAGUUGACUCAGCUUGUGCGGGAGCUGGAACAGCAGUGCGGCGCCCUCUACAGGCAGCUCCAGGAAGUGACGGCAGAACGCAGCUCCAAAUGCACCAAGGCGGAGCGCAGCGCCACCCUCAGGAGAGAAAGGGAACUGUACACUCUUUUCCACCUGGAUCCUGCCGCUCUCGUUCGAGUGGUGGAGGACCAGGAGAACCGAGAAUAGAACCUGAGAACAUGAGCAGCAGCAGGCCAGGUGCCUGCUCUGAAAGGUGCCCUCUGAAUAAGCUCAUUCCCCUCAAUUAGAAUAACUGCUCAGGUGUUGCCAGCAUACUGUUGGUGAUGGGGAGGAUUUUUUUAGAUUUUGUAAUGAAUCAGUUAUGUUUAUUCUGUUAAUUCAUAAGUUAACUGACAUUCGCCUGAAGAUGUUUCUGACCAGAAUAUGGACGUGUGAAUGAACUCUUUCUUAAUUUUUCCAUCACACUGGGUCUCGUUGGUGUUGCUGAGUUGACUGAGACAGUGUUGAAAAAGGUGUUGUUAAUCACACCAAAUGAGGAGAUGAAAUUGUUGGACUGUAUAUUGCAAAAGUUCUUACAGUAUCAUUUUUUUACGAUGUACGAUUUUUAAGAUUCGUCAUUCAUGACACACAUGACACAUGAUUUAAUUUAUAUUCCAUAUGAAUUGUGCGAAUAUUAUUAACAUACCAUGAAAUGUUAAUUGGUAUACUAGUGAUGCUGCAUUUCGUAGUUAUUGACUUACAAUACAAUAAUCCAUAUUCAUGAAUCUCAAUGUAACCGCAAUGAAAUGAUAACUAAACAAUACUAAAAGACCCAA